AUGCCUCACCCAGGUGAAUGGAUCUGGAUAGAUAUGGUUGCCCACAUUCGAGCUAUCUAUCUUCCCCUAUCCUACUACGCCUCUGAGAGCAACCAGAACCUAUGUUGCUUUGUCCAAAUAAAUUUCGCUCAAAACCGCACUGUUGCCGUUUGGCGUGGCGGUAAUAGCAUGGUUACUCAUGCUAUGAAUAUCACUACAGGUCUAGGCGUUCACCAUGGCCAUACCAUCGGACUCAACGUCCAUGAACUGCUAAAACUGCUUGCCCUUCCCCGUCAACUCCGUAAACAAAAUCCAUACGCAGCUAGGCUCAUCAAAAUUGUUCCCAACAAUAGUGUUGCAACACAGAACAUACGUAAUGUUACAACUUACAGGCAUGAAUAUGAUGUUGAGUGGCUCACAGUCGCCAAAGCCAACUUUGGAUUAGAUCUCCAGUGGAAACCCGCUCAGCGUUCCAGCUGGCUUAAUGAUUUCUUCAGAGACGUACUCACUAAUCUCAUAUCCAUGAUCCCUGUGGCGGGUCCAUUCCUAGCCAUACUGUUUCCCGUCGCGUGGACGCUUGUUGUUGAUCCUGAUUCAGCAUGGGAUAUGCUACGCGACCUUGUUCCGGGCAUCAACCUCACGGAUCAAAUGGUGAGAGCACUGUUACUUUCUCUCGAUGAGACUAAAGAAUAUUUGCCUGAUGGAUGGGAACUUAUUGCUAUGCCUCAACAACCCAAAUCGGUGGCCAUGAUCAAGCCUAAGGCAACUAACCCAGGACCGACGAAGGAGGAGGCUUUGACGGAAGAUGGUGCCAAUGAAACUAUUGUGGGCUUGGCAUUCUGUAUUGCUGAGGAUAUUCUUGCAAAGAGCGGAAAAGAAAGAGCAUUUGAGCAUCAUGUCGAAGAUGCACCGCCUGACGAGGGGGGCCAUCCAGAGGGAGACAUUGAGAAAGUGAAUCCCCCAUCUGAGUUCCCCGAUCAGAAGGAGGGUGACGAGGGGAGAUGGGAAGGAUGGGGCAACUAA